AUGCCGAUCGGAGACCUUUUAGACCAGAUCAGCGGCGGCAAGUCCAACGUCGGCUCGCCGUCCGUCCCGGAUCGACCUAAUCUGCCCCGAGCAAAUUCGAUACCGGCCAAACGGAAGCCCGACAAUGACUUGCGCCAAGACGCCUCUAAGGCUUCUCGCCAGUUUCCCCUUCUCCCGACUUCGACACCUUCUCCCAUAUCAAGAGCACCACCCAAGAAGGGCUCGUUUGCUGAGAUCCUGGCCCGGGGUCAACGAGCACAGGCCGUCAUGGGCCAGGUGGGCAAGAUUCAGCACAAGAAGGUCGAGAAGGGUGCGGUUAAAGGCAAGGAUGAGAGCAAACCGGCCGCGCCAGCCAAAGGCAAGGGUGCCUCGGGUUACAAGGGGACCUCGAAACCGGUUCCGCAGGGCAGCGCCAACGGAAACGGCUCGCUGAGGAAAGAUGUCCAGGGGGCGCAAGCACCUCGAUCCAAAGCCGGCGCGAACAAGCGAGCCGCCGAACUCGAGACCGCCGAAAAGAAGUUCAAGAAGGCCGCCCAAGCCACCACUGGCUACGCCGGCACCGCUCGACCCAAGCCCGGGAACCCCGUCAAGAUCAAGGACGCCCCUCGCGGCGGCGCACUCCUCAACGCGCCCAUGGCCCGGCGCGGCUCCUCCAAGCGGUCCCGCCUCGAAGACGACUACGACGAGGACAUGGACGACUUCAUCGAGUACGACGACGAGGAAGACGAGGGCGGCCCGCAGUACGGCUACGCCUCAGAUGGCUCCUCGGACAUGGAGGCCGGCAUGGACGAGCUCGACGUGGAAGAGAAGCGAGCCGAACACCUCGCCCGCAGGGAGGAUAUUGAGCAGGAGCGCCUCGAGAAGAGCCUCAAGGCCGCCAAGGAGGAUAGGAAGCGCAGGGCUCUCGAGGCCCUCCGUGCCGGCAACCGACGCUGA